CAGGGCAGGCGAGGUGCCGCAAAGAGUUGUGGGUAUUGUAGCCUCCCCUUCGGGGCUGCUCCUACAGCUGCGGAGAUGGAAGCGCCGCGCACCUUCGACGAGGGGGCCGGGCCGGGUUGCCGCCUCCUACUCCGGGAUCCCUCGCGGAUUAUACCUGCACCAAGCAGCAUGGCAGAGGGGCAGGCGGCGGCCGUGGAAGUGCGCGGGGUCCCCCCAGACGUGGCGGACGAGCUGCUGGUGCUUUACUUCGAGAACCGGCGCCGCUCAGGCGGCGGGCCUGUGCAGAGCUACCGGCGGAGGGGCAGCCGCGCCACCCUCACUUUCGAAAGCCCCGAAGAUGCACAACGGAUCCUCUCCAGAACCGACCACAUCCUGCAAGAUGCUCCUUUGGCUGUCCAGCCGGCAGCCCCUCGGGAUUAUGGGAAAGUGGUCCUUCAGGGCCUGAACCCCCAGACCAGCCUUGACCUACUGGAGCUCUAUGUGGAGCGUAUGUUGAAUUGUGAAAAGGGCGAUUACUCAGUCUACCGUAGCCAUGGCGGGGACCGGGCGCUGGUGCAGCUGCAGGAACCGCUCAGCAAUGCAGCAGAGUUCCUGACCUUGGCGGAGCAAGUGCAAAUUCGGCAGCUGGAUGGGGCCAGCCUGUCCCUGGACUGGGUGGAGCAGACAGACAGCCUCCUUGUCCGGAGUUGUGGCGGCAGCUGCCUGAAGCAGGAUCUGCUGGAGCUAUACUUCGAGAGCAAGCGCAGUGGCGGGGGCCAGGUGCGGGCCGUGAGGCUGCUUGGGGGGGGCACAGUGGCCAUUGUCUCCUUCCAGGACCGCGCAGUGGCGGAGAGGGUCCUGCAGAGGACCCACCGGCUCCCGGAUGACAGCCUGGCCGUCUCCCCUCACUAUGACUUCCUGGAGCCCACGCAACAACAGGAGGCGAGGGCAGCAGCUUGGAGGGCCGUGCCACUGGACGGAGCAUUGCCACCGACCUGCAUCCCUGUUCCAGAUAGAGCCACGCGGCAGCUGCUGCAAUCGCAUUGUGUCCUGCAGGAGCUGGGAGCCCCCGUCCCAGAGUGCGCGCUUGCCCUAGAGGAAGGCGGGCUGCACGUCUCGGGGGGUGACCCAGCUCGCCGGCAGCAGCUGUUGCAACACAUCCAGGCAGCCUUGCAGGGAGUGGUUCAAGAACACUGGCCCUCCUCGGACUGGGCCCUCGGCCUCCUGCAGCGGGAGGAUGUCAAAGGGCGCCUGGCAGAGCAGCUUGCCGAGCAGGGGCUAGGGGCCGCCUACGUCCCUGCUGCAGGCCAGGUGCUGGUGGUGGCCCUGAAGCCUUCUGCUGUGCCCCAGGCCACGUCCCUUCUUGGCUCGGUCCUGGCCUCCUUCAGCCUGCCCUUGUCGGAGCGGCACCUCCCAGCCCUGGCCUCCCCUCGCUGGGCACAGGUGCAGGCGGGACUGUGCUGUUGCCUCGUGCGCCUGGCAGAGAGCGGGGAGCAGUUGGAGGGCCUGACCCUGGCCGGGCUGGAGCAGGAGAACGUGGGGCAGCUGGCAGCCUUCCUGCAGGACUGCAUGCCUGACGAGACCCUGGUGCCCAUGGAGGCGGGCGCCCUCCGCUACCUGCAGCUCCGCCACCAAGACCUGCUGGCGGGCAUCGCCAACGUCACGCUCUUGCCUCUGGAGGGAGCUGACCUCACUGGCUUGCGGCUGAGUGGGGAAGCCUGCGCGUGCCAGGCGGCAGCUGAGCUCCUCCAGAGCCUGCUCAGCGCCAUCCACACCCAGACCGUGACGCUGCAGCUGCCCGGCGUGAGCCGCUUCCUGCUGGAGAACCGCGGGCGGGAAGAGGUCCGGGACUUGGAGCGGCGUUUCCGUUGUGUCAUUGGCCUUGACAGGGUCCACUGGAGACCGCUGGAAGCCCAGCAUGAACUGGAACUGUCUCAGGAGCCACUGGCCCUGAGCUGCCGGCGGGACUCCCUGCAUGGAGCAGAGCAGCCGGGGGGCCAGUGUGGCGCUGCUGGGGAGUGGAGCGGAGCCAACCUGGAAGAGAUCAAGGGUCUGCUGGCCACCCUGCAGCCUUCCAGCAUUGCUGUCCCCACAGCGGAAGCAGAGUCCUGGGCUCUGGGAAGCAGCAGGAUGGAGGAAGAGGAGGACCUUUACACAGCGCCUGAGGAGCCAAAGGCAGCCACAGUCCCCUCUCCUGCCAGCGUGGAGGAGGCUGGCUGGGCAGACAUUGCCACCAUUGAGGAAGGACCGCUGACCUUUGCGGGCCCCGAGAGCAGCGUGGAGGAAGAGGAGGCCCAGCUGCUGUUGGCCAUCCAGCAGUCCAUGGACAGUGCACGGCAGGAGGAGGAGCAGCUGCGCUGGGCCACGGAGCUCUCCCUGCGUUCCUGGGAGCAGGAGCAAGCCCCCAGCCCAGACGCCGCCACCCUCUCGGCGAUGAGCAUCUCCCUGGAGGAGGCGCUGCAGGCAGCCGAUUCAGUUCAGCUUGUGGUCUUUGUUGGGUCAGAGGAAGAUGUGGGGCCCUUGGCCCAGGGGCUGGAAUUGGCGCUGCGGGCCCAGCUGCGGGAGGAGACCGUGCACAGCGAGGCCUUGCAGUCUCUGCCGGCCCUCUGCCGCAGCUAUCUGGCGCAUCUAGAGCGGAAGCACGCCGUCCGCAUCUCGCUGGCCGGUGCAGUGGCCACAGUGUGUGGCUUUGCUGACUACCCUGUGGCUGCCACCCGUGACCUUGCGCUCCUUCUCACCCGGUUGCUGCGUGCAGAGGAGGCUGGCAGGGGCUCCGGGGACGUCCGCUGGGUCCACUGGGAGUCCUUGGGGCGUGGUUCUCCCACCCCGUAUUCAGCUCAGGCCAGCGCCCUUCUGGAGCAAGCCUGGCACCGAGGGCACAAGCGCCUGGACGUGUUCUUUGAUGGGCGGCCCUUCACCAUUGACUUUGAGCGCAUGGAAGAGUACGACCUCAGCAGUGCCCACACUCUGCCCAUUGGCCGCAUUGAGCCCCCAGCCCCACCCCCCACCCCAGGCCCUCCUGGCCCCAUGGCCCUGGCCGAGGACGAAGUAAAGCUGGUGCUGCUCACUGAGGGCUCGGAGGAGUUCCGGGAGACGGUUCGGCGCUUCUAUGACACGCUUGAGGAUUUCCACAACAAAAUACGCAUCAUCAAGGUGGAGAAGUUGCUGCACCCGCUGCUCUACCAGCAGUACCAGCUGAAGAAAGUGGCCAUGCAGAAGGCCUGUGGGCAGCAAGAAGCGGAGCGUGUCCUCUACCACGGCACCACGGAACAGUCCUGCCGUGAGAUCUGCCAGCAUGGCUUCAACCGCAGCUUCUGUGGCAAGAACGCCACGCGCUACGGCUACGGUGUGUACUUUGCCGUGAAGGCCUUCAUCUCGGUGCAGGAGCAGUACUCUCCCUCCAGCAGCAAUGGCAACAAGUACAUCUUUGUGACCCGGGUGCUGACCGGGGACUACGUGCUGGGCAGCCAGAGCAUGCGAGCGCCACCCCUGCGAGAAGGGGAUGCUGCGCUGCGGCGCUAUGAUAGCACAGUGGACAGCCCCCAUACUCCUGCCAUCUUUGUCAUCUUCAAUGACACGCAGGCUUAUCCCCAGCACCUCAUCACCUGCAGGUGGUCUAAGCCCCAUUGAAGGGGUGUGGGAGGACGGGUGGCUGUUCUGCCCUCGUGCGCUCUUUCCCCUUCCAGACCCACAAGUGUCCUUUCUGCUGGUGGGUGAAAGAGAACAUGUUGGCACUUGGGUAAAGGGUGGAGGGCAGGUAAGAUGCCUGACUGUGGCCCUCUUGGGCUGGUGAAGUGCCUGAGUCUACACCCAGCACCUUGUGGGACAGGUGCUGGGCCUCACCUGCCUGCGGACUGUACUCCCGGGGAGGCUCUGCUGACACCAAGAGGCCUCCUUUGGGGGAUGGUGCUACUGGUGCCUGCUUGGACCACCACUUUGAAGAGUGAGCAUUGCAAGGGUGGGAAAGGGUUGUGCAUUAAAAGGCACACAAUAAAGAGGCAAACGUG